UUUCUUGAAGAUAUUAGUGGUCAUCUAACAUUCCCGCUUGAUGACACAGAUGCACACAUGCUCAUGUUGAAUCUGCAGAUAUGUCCAGUUGGGCUGGUGUGGUUAAAGCAGGUGUGUGUUUUUCCAGCGGUAUAAUGUCCGCCCUUUCCAUGACCCAGGCUUUUCGCCUUUCCUUGUGAUUAUUAGCUGGUUUAUCUGUGUUGGGCUGUGUGAGCUCGUGAAUGAGGAUGUGACCUUUAUUGGUGAAUAUGGAUGACAGUCGUCAGGCUAUCUCUCGAGCUGAUAUGAGCACACUGCCUGGAUAUACCGGGGCCCGAGUAUCAGGCUGCUGGGCUCUUCGCACAGAUGGAGGUGGGAGUGGUGAGGACUCUUUGGACAAGCUCCUCCCUCCUGUCAGCACCUCACGCAGGAAGAGCAGCACUCUGGGUAAAACAGAACCUCCGUUGCUCCGCACCGGCACACGGACCAUCUACACAGCUGGCAGACCACCCUGGUACAAUGAACAUGGAGCCCUUUUUAAAGAGGCCUUUGUUAUCGGACUGUGUGGUGGCAGUGCUUCUGGAAAAACUACUGUAGCUAAUAAAAUCAUUGAAGCUUUGGAUGUUCCCUGGGUGGUUCUUCUGUCUAUGGACUUGUUCUAUAAAGUUCUGUCUCCGGAGGAACAAGCUUGGGCAGCCAGUAAUGACUAUAACUUUGAUCGUCCAGGAGCUUUUGACUUUGAGCUGCUUGUGACCACGCUGCAGAAACUUAACGGGAAAAGUGUGAAAAUCCCUGUGUAUGACUUCACCUCACAUGGACGACAGAGAGACUGGAAAAACGUCUAUGGUGCCAGUGUCAUUAUCUUUGAGGGCAUCCUGUCGUUUGCAGACAUAGAGCUGUUGCAGCUCAUGGACAUGAAGAUUUUUGUAGAUACUGAUUCGGAUAUUCGACUGGUACGGAGGCUGAGGAGGGACAUCACAGAGAGGGGCUGGGACAUUGAGGGUGUCAUUAAACAGUACAAUAAGUUUGUAAAGCCAGCCUUUGAGCAGUACAUUGAACGCACCAUGAGACUGGCGGACAUUGUAGUGCCACGAGGUGGCGGUAACAUGGCAGCCAUUGACCUGAUUGUACAGCAUGUUCACAGCCAACUAGAAGAGCGUGAACUUAGUGUCAGAGCGCUCCUGGCCAGCGCCCAUCAGUCGCAGCCUCUCCCUCAGACUCUCAGUGUGUUGGAGAGUACACCACAGGUCAGAGGUCUCCUCACCAUUAUCAGGGAAAACAUUGGUCAACUCUCAUGUGAACCGUUUAUCAACCACAUAAGAUACUUUAAAACAUUGAUAUCGUCUGUGUUGUGUUUGACCAGCACUGUACAGACACCACAGGGCCAAGCGUAUGAAGGGCGCAGAUUUCGUGGGAAAGGGAUCACAGGUGUGUCCAUUCUCCGGGCAGGUGAGACUAUGGAACCUGCUUUAAGAGCCGUGUGCAAGGACGUUCGCAUUGGCAAGAUUCUGAUCCAGACGAAUAUGGAUUCAGGGGAACCAGUGCUGCAUUACCUGCAACUGCCCAGAGACAUCAGAGAUCAUGUGAUUUUGAUGGACAGCACCGUUUCCACGGGAGCGGCAGCCAUGAUGGUGUUGCUGGAUCAUGAUGUCCGGGAGGACAAUAUUGUGUUGGUGUCUCUCUUGAUGGCAGAAUUGGGAGUUCACUGUGUGGCUUACGUCUUCCCUCGUGUCAAAAUCGUCACAACUGCUGUAGACAAGAGCUUAGAUGAUCUCCUUCAUGUCAUUCCAGGGAUAGGAGACUUUGGUGAUCGUUACUUUGGAACGGAUGGGCCUUCAUCAUGGAGUGAUGACAAAGACAAAGAACUGCAGCAAGAGCUGAGGUUUGACACAUUAUUCAAGGUCAUACACCAAAGUGUGUACUACAUAGUGGUAGGCGAGGUAUCAACACUUCCUUACAUAGACCCAGUCAGGCACAACAAUUGUUGUGCUAGCAUACCCAUGAGGCACACUGUUCUGUAG